AUGUGGGAUACCUUGGAGGCAGAUGUUGGUGAAGGUCUAAGCUUUCUUUUUGUGGAUGAAACGGGCACAAAGAUGCAUGCUUUUGUUGAACAAAGUAAUCAGAGGAAAAGGUUCAAGAGAUGUCUUCAUGAAGGGGAGUGGAAGAUUCUAACCGGAUUUUCCGUGGUGAUGGUGAAUACAGAGAUCCGUUUGACGGAAGCCAGAAACAAGAUUGCUCUCACGUCCAACACCAGCGUCACACCCGCAGAGGACUCGGAUGCUUGGAUUCCGCUUGACAUCGUUCCUUACGACUAUGUUUCGAAUUUUUGGAAUGAUGAACGAACUUCUUUCCCUAGAGACUUUCUAGGGUUUAUACUUGAAGUUCGUGAGACAAUGCUCAGGGAAGAUGUCUCUAUUCCUAGGAACCCUUUAAACGAUGAUCCAAAGACCACUAACACAAUAGAUUUCACCCUACAGGACAACGAUGGGGAUCAAAUACAGUGUCGUGUAAAGGGUGCCUUAGCAUCUAAGUUUAAACGGUUUUGGCUUUACUAUGGUAAAAUUGAGACCAUCGUAUGCCUCUUAACCGAUUGGCGGGUUCUUGAAGAUGCCGAUCCUGCUCAUAUCGAAAGUGAAGAAGGAAUCUCUAGAUUUGAAUUCAAUCCUAUUGGCUUUGAUGAGGUUGACCAUUUCACUGAGAUAAUGUGCUCUUCCUCACAAGACAGCAGCAAAGAAGAAGUUGAAGAAAUGGAAUUUGAUUAUUUCAAUGGCUGUAGAACCGACAACAAAAAUGUCGAGAAUGGUGAAGGGCUCAGUUUCCUGGUGGUUGAUGAUGAGGGCACAAGGAUUCAUGCAUUCGUCCAGCAUUUUGCUGAUGCCAAGAGAUUUAAGAGACUUCUUCAGCAAGGAGACUGGUUCACGAUAACUGGUUUCUCAGUUGUUAUUGUCCGGAAUGAGAUUCGUAUGACUAAACAGAGAAAAGAGAUCGUUCUCAAGCGAAACACAGAAGUUGGUGUUUCAGAAUUGUUCAAUGGUUUUAUUCCGCUAGAUUUGGUUCCAUUUCAGGAUGUUAAGAACGGAACUGUUCACGAUGGAACUUCUUACACUAGAGACUUUCUAGGCGUCAUAUCUUCUGUUUCAGAUUUCGGCCUCACAGUGGAUGACUCUAUGCCUAGAAACAUACAUAACUAUGAUCCUAAGACCACCGGAUCGAUUGACUUUGUUCUUGAAGACAACGAGUAA